GGCUGGGCUUGGUGGCGCACACCUGUAAUCGCAGUGCUUAGGAGGCUGAGGCCACAGGAUUACUGUGAGUUUGAGGCCAGCCUGAACUACAUACCGAGACUGUCUCAAAAAGACCAAAAAAUAAAACAAAAACAAAAACAAAAAAACAAAAAAAAACCCCAAGUUGUCUAGAAAUUUUGUCUAAAUUAUGAGCUGUGGAAUGUGGUUUUACCUUCUUGGAUGAACAGGGGUGGCUGAAUGGGUGCAUUUGUGAGUGGAGACCCAAGUGAAUUAACAAAGCCCUGGAUUGCAGAACUGAAUCAGGGAAUACUACUGUCACAUGUGGAUGCAAGAUCUCCUCUGGAAAUUGAAAGUUGACUCAUGAUCCUGUCAGAGCUGGAAAACUGCAGGUUGACUGAGAAGCAGCACCUUCACUGUUAAUUGGGGAGUUCUUACACAGAAGAGACCAACGCCUGCACCAGAUAACUGGAGUGGCAGAUGAGCGGCCUCCGUGCCCCCCGACAGUGGCCGAUACGACAUGGAAUUAUUGAAGACUGGGAUCUUAUGGAAAGGUUCAUGGAACAAGUAGUUUUUAAAUACCUUCGAGCUGAGCCUGAGGACCAUUAUUUUUUAAUGACAGAGCCUCCCCUGAAUACACCAGAAAACAGAGAAUAUCUUGCAGAAAUUAUGUUUGAAUCAUUCAAUGUGCCAGGACUCUACAUUGCAGUUCAGGCAGUGCUGGCGCUUGCAGCCUCCUGGACCUCCCGGCAAGUUGGCGAGCGCACGCUCACAGGGAUAGUCAUCGACAGCGGAGACGGAGUCACCCAUGUGAUCCCGGUGGCAGAGGGUUAUGUAAUCGGAAGCUGCAUCAAACACAUCCCGAUUGCAGGUAGAGAUAUUACGUAUUUCAUUCAACAGCUGCUAAGGGAGAGGGAGGUGGGAAUCCCUCCUGAGCAGUCACUGGAGACCGCAAAAGCCAUUAAGGAGAAAUACUGUUACAUCUGUCCUGACAUUGUCAAGGAGUUUGCUAAGUAUGAUGUGGAUCCCCGGAAGUGGAUCAAACAGUACACAGGCAUCAACGCGAUCAACCAGAAGAAAUUCAUCAUAGAUGUUGGGUACGAAAGGUUCCUGGGGCCUGAAAUAUUCUUCCACCCAGAGUUUGCCAAUCCGGAUUUUAUGGAGUCUAUUUCAGACGUGGUUGAUGAAGUGAUCCAAAACUGCCCUAUUGACGUUCGUCGCCCACUGUACAAGAAUGUCGUUCUUUCAGGAGGCUCCACCAUGUUCAGGGAUUUUGGACGCCGAUUACAGAGAGAUUUAAAGAGAGUGGUGGACGCCAGAUUAAAGCUCAGUGAAGAGCUCAGUGGCGGCAGAAUAAAGCCCAAGCCUGUGGAGGUGCAGGUGAUCACGCAUCACAUGCAGCGCUACGCCGUGUGGUUUGGAGGCUCCAUGCUGGCCUCAACCGUGAGUCCCUCCCACGCUGGCCUGCUGGCCUUGCCAUCUUCCCUCCGGAGUUCUUCCAGGUGUGCCAUACGAAGAAGGACUAUGAAGAGUUCGGCCCCAGCAUCUGCCGCCACAACCCCGUCUUCGGAGUCAUGUCUUAGUGUCUACCGGGACCGUCACUUGGUAGCUUCUUGCUGGGAACAGGUGUCCCGUGGAGCCCAGCAGUGGUCCUGUGCGUGUGGGGACAGGUGACGUGAUGUCCGGCGGUGUGCCUGUGUCACCGAGUGCAUGAGGCUCCGUGUAGUCCUCCUGGUCAAAGCCAUCUCUGUGUGCGACUGUUCUGGCCUGGCCCUCCUCACGCCCUGCCGCAUCAGCCUCUCGUCCGAGCUUCUAGUCCACAGCACAGUUCUAAAGGGGCUCAAGGACAGCUUUAAAUGUUGUUAGGGAAAAAGGCGCAAGAUCGGCCCCCAGGAAAGAGUGUGGGGUGUGAACCCUGAUCCUCCCAGCUUAUUUUUGUAAAUAAAAUGUUAUAAACUUGAAAUACAAAUCGAUGUUUAUAUUUCCUAUCAUUUUGUAUUUUAUGGUAUUUGGUACACCUGGCUGAUACUGAGCACGAAUCUGUAUUGAUGUCAUGAAGUGCCGUAAUAAAGUUUUCCAAUUGUGAGGCAUGUUACAAUGUGUUUAUAGGAAACAAUACCAUAGCAAGCCUUGUGGCCAUGUUUGCUGGAAAGCGUGUAACUUUACUAGGGGGCCUCGCAGUCUGAACUUGGACAGUGCUGUGUGCGAAUCCAGUCUUCUGUGUGAGAUUCUGGGGUGUUUGAUAGAAGAUGAUGGGAUGUCGGGAGGGUUGGGUGAAAUGCUGCCUUGCACAUCACAAUAAAAGCUGUUAGAAUCUUUAUAAAUAC